CCAGUGCCGUGAUUUUCCGUCUCCCGCGCGCGUGACCCCUCUAUCGCGGAAAGCUCCCUAUCGCGGAAAGCUCCAAGUGCCCCCCAGUGAAAUGAAAGGGUUGAGCGUGAUUGUUCUCACGGUUGUGGCCGGCGUGGCCCUAGCGGGUCCGAUCGGGGAUGAGGCCCGCGGCAUGGACAACAGCCUGCCCAACAAGCCGGAGGUCUCCCUCGCAGAGGAGAACCUCAUGAAGCGCCUCAACGCCAAGUGCAGCCAGAAGGACACCUCCAGCUGCAUCAUGCUCAAAGUGAUAACCUACAUGAACCGCCUCAUGAAGAAGUCCAACAUCCAGGUGGCCGACAACAUCCAGAUCACGCAGACGGCUAACGCGGAUCCCAAGGUGGAGCAGAGCCGGGAGCAAAGGGCCGUCCCUUUGAACGCCGAGGACGAUGAGGCCGCCGUCGGGGACCUCAUCUCCGACAAGUUGUGGAGUUUCGUCAAAACGCGCUCCUUUAAGUGGACCGUCCUCCCCGAGGCUGAUGUCGUCAUCUCCUCCAACCCCCAGGAAGACGGAACCAUCAACCUCGGCAUGUCCUUCCGCACCGGAAAGGCUCUGGAAACCGGACGAGGCAAGAUGAAGAACCUGGGCCCAAUCAUCGCUGCUGGUAUCAUGAAGUUCGGUAUGUUGGGAGUGCUGGCUUUCAAAGCCCUAGCCCUGCUCGUCGGAAAGGCCCUGCUGAUCUCCAAGCUGGCGUUCCUCCUGGCGGCCGUCAUCGGGCUCAAGAAGCUGUUCAGCCAGCAGCGGCACGUGACCUACGAGGUGGUAGCCCACCCGCACCACUCGGACUCCCACCACGCGGCCGACACCUACUCCUCCGGCUGGGGCCGCGCCAUCAACGUCCCCGGCGAACAGGGCCAAGACGCCACUGACGCUCACUCCCUCGCCUACAGGGCCUACCUCAAAACCGAAUAAGGUUUUACAUGACGUCAAAACGAUACUGAAGUAUGUCCGAGUAUUUUAAUUUUCCUCAACUGUACAUAGCUGAAAUCAACGCGCCUUACUUCGCAAAGAUAUGAUCCACAAAUCAUUGUAUACAUAAAUAAGAGUUUUGAAAUUUGUACAUAAUUGUAUAGAGAGUGAAUUUCAGUUCUGAAGAACUAUGAUUGACCCCAUUUUGAUGUACCAAAGGCUUUUAUUAGAAAAAUGUAAGCAGCUUUUAGUUCGAAAGUUCAAAUUUUGAUUGUUUCUAAAUUGCCAUUUUCUUAUUUUUUGUUAGAUCUUUAAAUCAGUGUAGUGAAUACGCAAUAAGUUUAGAUUUUAGUAAUUUAUUUUUGAAUUAUUUAUUUAUAUGUACAUAAAGUUAUUUAUUUCUCUUCAUUCCCUCUAUUCGCUACUUUUUCAGGUUAUGAGGCUUGUCGAUGUUGAACUGACCAGUCUUCAUGGAGAUAUUUUCAAAAAAUAAACCAUUCUAUUAUUUCUUUACGUUAAGGAAUUCUUUGCAUUUCACAAUUAAAAUGUAUGUUUUAAAUUUCUGAUCAAAAUUAAAUGCAUUUGCUAUCACGAUCAAAAUUCAUUUUUUUUCAUGUCUUUGAGGUUAACAAUUUCACAGUAUUGGAAACAUCUCAAUGAAAAUUGUUCAUUUCUUAACGUCAGACUUCAUACAUUCUUUGUUCUUCACUUUCAAUGCUGCCUUGUAUUUUCUGUUUAUGAAUUUUAUACGGUUAGUGCCGUAUUAAUUCUAAUCUCCAAUGUCUUCAAAAAUACAAAACUGUAAUGAUGUAUACGUGUCAUGCGGAAUGCUUGGGUCAAGAACCUCAUAGUUAAUGUACGUAGUUUCGAGUGGAUGGGACACCAAAAAAUGGACUCUCAAUCGUACCAAUUUCGCAAACAUAAAUAAAAUUUGGCGAAAAAGGUGAAGGUGAAUUUGGUAUCGUUUAGGCGCGCAGUAUUUAGUGCUCAUUUUGUGAUCAAAAACGUCUUAUGUGUUAAAGUACGCGUAAUUUUUUUGUUUUAAAAAAAUGAAGCAACUAAGUAAUAAUAAUAUCCUACCUUUGUUUUUUGACCCAAAAUACAAAAAUUUCGAAAAGCAAUCCUCUGUUUGCUUCGGUCAUUCUUUUGUAUUUAUGUUACCAUCACGUUUAAAUAUGUUGGUCGUCCAUUUUAAGGCAAUAAUCUAGUCAUUCCAACAAGGUUACGUUGCAAUCAAUUGCACUUAACCUGCUUUGUCAGCACUCUUUCUACAAAACGUUUCCCGGUACAUUGACAUUUUGAAAGCGUGAAUCAACAAACGCACGCAUACAUCAACAUAAUAAUUUUUUUGAAGACAUUCCCUGUGCUUCACCGUAUCUCCUUUCAAAGGUGUGUAAAUCAUGUAGGUAAGGAUGGAUAUCAACCUUACUGAAAUGGCUAGUGAUACUAUUUUUAGUGUAAGUUUUUCCUCUGUUAAUUACUCAUGACACUGAGCUCAAAAAUGUUUUCAAUAAAAUUUCACCGUAAGUUUAUACCAAACAAAUAUCCUUAAAUUGGUAAUUUUUGUAUCGUAAACAUUAUAUUACCCAAUGACGAUGUCAAUUUUUUUCAGUCCCAAUCUUAAAAUGAAUGCUCUCGAUUUCCGGUUUAAUUCAAAUUUUCUUAAUUUUACAGGUCUGCUUAUUCAUUUUUAAUUUUUGUUAUUUAAGUAAAUCUCACUUAAUAUCAAAAUGCCAUAUUAUUUCUAUUAUUUUCUUGUCAACUUCUUCCUGCAUACUUACCUUUUUCUUUUAUCUUUAAAAUUGAAUUGGUUGUUUUAUAGCAGAAAAUAUCUUUACUUUCGUUCCUUAACAGUGGGGAAUCCACAAUCAGUGAGGUUUUACAACAUUCUCCAACUGGACACUUAAAGCUUUUUUAAUAAUUUAUUUUAAUUUUUCCCCUUAAAUUCUCACAACCCAAAUGCUUGUUCAUUUCUCUCUUUUAAUUAUAUCAAAUGUGUAGGAUUAAACAUCUAAAGAUUAUAACCUUCGAUAAAAUAGAUAUAGCAAAUUGUUUUAAAAUCUCGUUCACAUAGAACUUAUUUUUAUUCCUUACCCUGUAAAAAGCUCACUGUUUCAUCAAGCCAAAGAUUAUAAUCAACUGAUUCAAUUUAUCCUCAGGAUCUGUUUAGGUUUAAAUUUUUUUACAGUACUUACAACAGGUUAUUUCUUUAGGUUCUAAGAAUUUUAGUCUUAAGGAGAAUCUCGAUAGCAUGUCUCUUAGCAGUAUAAAUAUCAGUGCCAGAAAAACAUACUCUAAUUAUUUUCAGAAUCUUUUUGUUUCCCGUUCACAUCGUAUCCGUUCCUUUAGACCUACUGUUUUAUUGAACGCAAAGAAAUUAUCACUCAUCAUUCCACUAUAUGUCAACUAGAAUGCAAAAAUUCAAAUACAGACGGAUUGUUUAUUUCCAAGACUAACGACACAGAUAAAUUGAUAAUGAGGUGAAAUCAGUUUUGAAAAAUUUUCCUUUCAAUUACGUUUUAAGCAUAGUAAGUAAUGAAUGAAAAAAAGCCGUUCUUCCGUUUUUAUCCGAACUGGUAAAAAAAAAUCAUCUGCAAGUUUAUCGAGGUUCGUUUAAUGUUUAAGAAAGCUGGUGACCAAAUACAAAUUUAGAUUAAGGCCCUCCUUUUAAGGGGACAUUUUCAACAAAAUUGUUUGUUAAUUUUUUUUAAAUCUAUUUUUUCUUUUUUUUUAGUGUAGAAAAGUAAGUUUGGGAUGACUCAGGGUGCGUGAGAUUCAUUAUUUCUGGCAAACAUUUUUCUUAUGAUUACUUGUAUUACAUUAAUAUGAAUCUGUAGUUCAAUUUUAUGAAUAUUUUUUAUGAUAUUGCUCUUUUGUAUUUAUUUUCAUCACUAAUUUAUUUCCAAUAAAGUUGUACAUGAUGUUAUGUUUA